AUGGCAGAAACUGAAACAGAGACAUCAGAGGUUUUGAGUUGGCAUUUUGUGGGCAGCAUAGAUGAGUUAAAGAGCAAAGCAUGUCGAAAAAUCUACAUGGAGGGUGGACCCAACCUGGCCUUGUUUUAUGUCGAGCCUGGCAAGUUUUUCUUGACCAACUCCUCUUGCCCACAUGCCAAGGGACCCCUGGAGCAGGGAAGUAUCGAGGACUUAGGAGGCAGCUACCAACUGACUUGCCCCAUGCAUUACUUCACAUUUGAUCUGGAGACUGGGGAAUCUCCUAUGGGGCCCAAGCUCAGGACAUACCAGACUGAGCAGAGAGAGGACGGGCUGUAUGCACUAAUCCCUCGGCCCGUAUCUUUAACUAGAUAG